UCUUGCGCAUUGAGACCCGGGCCGGGCGGCAAAUAAACGGGACUCGGUGGGUAGCGGCUGCCUCCCUGAGGGGAGGCAGGGGCUCGUUGCUCGCGAGGCUUCGGAGCUGCGGGGGGAGGGGGCGGCGCCGAGCCCCGCGUGCACGAUGAGCGGCGGCUCGGACGGGAACGAGGAGUUCUACCAGCAGCUGCGGCUCCAGCAGCUGUUCGAGGCCCGCCGCAGCGGCGAGGGCGAGCCCGACCCCUUCACCUACGUGGACCCGGCGGAUGGGACGGCCUACGAGUGGGACCGGGAGAAGAAGGCCUGGUUCCCUAAGGUGACUGAAGACUUCCUGGCAACAUAUCAUGCUAACUAUGGCUUCCCUACAGAUAGUUUAGACAGUUCCUCUGCUUCAAAGACUGAAAGUAAGCCAGCUGUGGAUUCUAGGACAGCAGGAGCACAGCAGUCGACAAAUAAAAAAGCACCCCAACAAACAGAUUCUAAACAAAAAGGAGAAAAAAGAAAACUUGAUGCAGGAUGGUUUCAUGUUGAAGAAGACAAAAACACAAAUGUGUAUGUGACGGGUUUGCCUCCAGACAUUACAAAGGAUGAGUUUAUACAAGUUAUGUCAAAGUGUGGUAUCAUUAUGCGAGAUCCUCAGACAGAAGAACAUAAAAUUAAACUUUAUAAAGACAAGCAAGGAAAUCUUAAAGGAGAUGGCCUCUGUUGUUAUCUCAAGCGAGAAUCAGUUGAGCUUGCGUUGAGACUUCUGGAUGAGGAUGAGAUUAGAGGCUACAAAUUACAUGUUGAAGUAGCAAAGUUUCAACUAAAGGGGGAGUAUGAUGCAAGCAAAAAGAAGAAGAAAUGCAAAGACUACAAGAAGAGGCUGUCCCAACAACAAAAACAGUUGGAUUGGAGGCCUGAGAAGAAAGAUGGUACAGUUCGAAAGCGACAUGAGCGUGUUAUCAUCAUCAGGAACAUGUUCCACCCAAAGGAUUUUGAGGAAGAUCCUUUAGUACUGAAUGAGAUUAGGGAAGACCUACGGACAGAAUGUGAAAAGUUUGGAGAAGUAAAGAAGGUUCUCUUAUUUGAUCGACACCCAGAUGGUGUGGCAUCUGUUUCAUUUAAAGAACCAGAGGAAGCUGAUCUGUGCAUACAAGCUCUCAAUGGAAGGUGGUUUGGUGGUCGUCAGCUAAGUGCUGAAACAUGGGAUGGUACAACAGAUUAUCAGGUGGAAGAGACCUCAAGAGAAAGAGAGGAAAGGCUUAAGCUGUGGGGGUCAUUUUUAGGAGAGUCUGAUGCAGAGAAACAGAAAAUUGCAGCUGCUUCAAAUUCUGCAGCGAGUAGUGUGAAACUGCCAGAAGAUCAGCCUUCAAAAGAUAAUGGCACAUCUAAAGGUGAUGUGAAUGCUGAAGCUCAUAAGAGAGAGGAUAAUGGUGAAGGCAUUAAUGAAGAUGGCACUGCAUCAACAGACAGCAGCCUUGCAGGCAGUGAUGAUGAAACAGAUACAUAACAUCUCUAAUAUUUUAUGAAAGCAUGCUUUUUAGGGUGAUGUUUGGAUUUCUCUUAUCCUGUGCUUCAAGGUGACUACAGACAGUGUUCAUGUGUUUAUAUGCAUAUUUGAUGUCAUCAGCUUGUGCUUUGAAAUUUUUAUUAAAAGCAGUAGUUAAUGAAGAUCUAAAAAAGUUCAUAUUAAUUGGCUAUUGUUCAAGCAAAAUAUCUCAAGUUGCCAAGAGCACAGCAGAACUGACCAGGCUUCUUAUGUCAUAUAUAUUUGCUUGUCAGUGUUUAAAUUAUAUAAAUGUGAAGUGUAUGUGAAACUCCAGAGUUUGAACAAUUACACAGAAUCUAAAAACAUUUUAGUAAUAUACAAAGAUAUUAAAGUUGAUUUUAAUGUUUGCUUUAGUUUCCCUACACUUUUGGAACUUGGUAUCUUCCUAUUAAAGUAACUGGCUUGAGCACUUUCGACAGUUUUACAGAACAGUUGUUGCAGAAAGGCCCAAUACAUUCACCCUCCAUGAUAGCAGAUCAUGGAACAUGAAAUUGUUGGUCAGUCUACAAAACUGAAAAUUCUUGCCAUAGCCUACACGGAGCCACAGAUAUGUGAGAAGAUAUUUUAAAAUCAGAAUGUUCAGUAUAGAGGGGGGUCUCAUCUGCUCCUUGAAUCUUCCAUUGAUGUAAACAAGUUGUGAGUAUUUAGAGGAGAUUAGCACCCCUAAACUCUUCAACACUGGAACACUAUGUAAAUAAAGCUGACCUCUAAUCUUCAAUUUAAAUUCAGAUGGUAGAAUGAAGUAUUUCCAUAUGCUGAAAGCAUGCAAAAAUUAUACAUUGAACACAGGGCUUUUGUGGUUUUUUUGCCUUAAAUUUAAGAAAUGCUUUUUCUCUCUUUGGUAGGGUGGGGAGUCAGUAUGUACCAUAUUCUUUUUUGAGAUAGAUGCUUUUGGUUUAGUUCACAGCCUGAGGGGCCCCUUCCACCAAAGACUUCAUAACAUUUAAAAGAUUUUAACCUUUAAUCCCAAGGUUGUCACACACACUAUGAAUAUUGGGGAACACAUUUUUCAAAAAUUAGCUGCCCUUUUAUAUUUAUAUUUUCUUGUUUUACUAGCCAUUAAAUUGACUUAAACAUUUUUGUUCAAUUAGGCAAAGAUUUUCAAAACAAUGCCUAAAGUUAGCCACCUUAAUUAGAUGUGUAAAAUAGUCUAACGUUCAAAAGUGACCUCAGUGGAUCAGCUUGGAUGCUGAGCACUUUUGAACAACAUUACUUUAGGCACCCUCUUUAAAAAUAUUGGCCCUAGUUCCUCAACAUAUCUGUUUAAGAUUUGGAACUUGCUCUGGAUUAUUUGUUCAUUUGAGGAUACCUUUUAAACUUCCAACUGGAAUUGUUGAUUCUUUUGAAAAAAGAAAAAAAAAAAAAAAAAGAUAGUGGGUUGUGAAAGAUUAUGGUUGUUAGUACUAGUGCUUCUAACUUGAAGCACUCAAUUUUGAUAAAGGACCUUGGUUGUCUUUAAUUUGUAUUGUACUUAUCUUUGAUUUUUUUGAAAUUGUUAGAAAAACUACACUGUAGCUAGGUUUUUUUUGGUAAUCAGUGUGUUUAUGUAGGUUAUGGCAAUAAGUUCGUAUAAAAUAAUACUUGCCAUUGUGGUUGCGUCUUAUUUCCUUAUGAGCAACCUAGAUAACAGAAUAGUAGUUAAGAUUAUCAGACUUGUAAUUCCUGAUUAUAUUAAAUUGAUGGAUACUUUAA